AUGCGCCUUCUCAGUUGUCUUAUCCACUUGUUAUUGGCUGUAUGCUCCGCUGGAGCUGUGGCUGUUCCUCGAACGUCGGCUGCUUGCGCUUUUGCCUGCCCCGCAUCCGAUCGAACGAAUCACGCUCUUGCAAACACCGUUCGCAAGGGAGGAAUGAUGGAAUGCUACUAUGGGCAAAAUGGGAUAUGCGCUUACAACUUGAACGCCGGCAAAGUCAAGAAGAGCAAGUCGACGAACACGAACUGUCGUCCGAACGCGAUCGCCAGCUGUGCACGUAAACAACGAACCAAGACGAAGACGGCGAAGAAGCAGCAGGCUCAAGUUGCUCCUAUCCUGAUCCAACGGGCGGCGACCCCGACGAUGGAGGUCGAUGAUAUGGAAGAGGACAACGUCCGAAGGGGACACGAGGAUGUCUGA